AUAGUAACACUGUGUAAUACUUUGUUUACAAAUUUCCGAUACCGCUUGAUUUCCAUUGAUUUUUAGUGUCAAUAUUAUGAUGAACUUUUUGAACACACGUGACUUUUAUAUCUCGUUAAUAACGAACGGAUUUACAGAUCAUGUUUAAGAUGUACAUGAGUAUAGAGUUUAUAUUUAGAUAGAUGGGAUCUGUAUGUUCGAAACAGUCAAGUUCUCUUGUUUUAUCAACAAAUCAAUCGCACAACGCUAAAUCCGCUCCUAGAAACUCUGUAAAACCUGUUGACUCUAAUACAUGCACAGAGGCCGCCAACACACAGCACGUGGUUGCUAUAGAAACAUUCAAAGGAAUUCAAACGAAAGAACUAAUUAAGUCAUCAGGUAAACUUAAUACUUCAACAGUUAUGGAAGAGUCGAAUGAGUCAAUUGAAUCGAAGCUUGACGAAUUAGAAGAAAUUAUUGGUGAAAAGGAAUCUGAAAAGGAGUCUGAAAAAGAUGAAAACGAGGCUGAUGAAGAUGGUGAAGACGAAGACGAAGAGAAAUCGAAGAAAAAAGUUCCAUAUACAGACGAGGAACUUGCGGAGUUUAAAAAGAGCAAGUAUGAGUUUUUGAGAAAUACUGUGACAGAAGUGUUUGCAUUAGAUAACUACCAAAAUGAAGGUGGAGUGUAUGAUAAAAGCAUUCGUAACGCAUGUAUUCGAUUUUUCAACAGUUAUGUGUCUCUGAAACGAGCAAGUAGAGAAGAAAUAUACAAAUAUCGCGUGGAAUGUGCGGAUAUAAUGAUUGAAACAAAAAUAGUGGAUUUGUUCUGUGAUAUUAUUGCAUAUACAUAUAAGAACGGUUGGGUUGACGAAGAAGGAAAAAAGAAUGAUCUGAAAUAUGCACCGCUAUCAAAAUCUUUACUAAUCUUACUUAAUUUCUCUGACUGUUCGGAUGCUUUGACGGUAUACCUAUCGAACAAAGAGGGUUUUCUUGAGCUGAUGACGGACAUUUUGAAUGGUUACAGGGACAGGCAUUUAAAAGUGAUCGAACCACCCUUAAAGGGCACAGAAACAAAUACUUUAUACAGUACGUUGUCAAUUAUUCAUAACCUGUCAAUGAGGGAGUCGAACAUAGGUCGGUUAAGGAGUCAGGACCUUGUAAACACACUUCAACCAUACCUCGAGUCCUCAAAAGAUAUGUACAGACUGAAUACGUUAGCUUCCUUGGCUGGUAUAAUUAACGAGGAAGAAUGUGAGAUUAUCAACACAAACAAGAACCUGGUGAUGUUUUUAAUGCUCGUUUUGAAGAAUGGAUUGAAAGACAAACGCCAUCGGCAUCGUGGUUGGUCGUGCAAGGAAAGCGCCUUUACAAUAAGAAGCCUGGCUAGAAAUGAUGCAAAUAAAAAAUUACUGGUAGAACUAUUUGCCUUUGAGCUUCUUGUGGAACUGGGAAACAAAGGCAACAUUGCCGAACAGUACGAAAGUGUGGCGGCAAUCUGGGCACUGUGUUUUGAUAAAGAUAAUCGAACAUUGGUUACCAGUAAACAAGAGCUCGGUGUAAUUGAGUUAUUGGUGAAGCUGAAGCUUUCAGAAGAUGCCGACGUGAAGAAAGCUUGCAUGGGCGCCCUCUGGACUCUACGAGAAGAUAUUAAUUCUUCACCUGUAGAAACGUACCGAAAGCUAGGUGAAGAAUUGUCUCAAAAAUAUGAAACACACAAGAGUGCGUUUAAGCGGAAAGGAAAACAACCAAAACAGGAUAUUUCCAGAAGAUCAGGUGGUCAUAUUAUGAUUUCAUAUCAAUGGGGGCACCAGGAGAUGCUAAAAAUCAUAAGGGACCGAGUAAAAGCUCAUGGUUAUAAGGUUUGGAUGGACAUAGACCAGAUGGGAGGCUCAACUCUACAAGCCAUGGCUGAUGCAGUUGAGGGAGCUGAUAUAAUAUUGAUGUGUAUGUCGAAUAAAUACAAGAAUAGCCCAGCAUGUCGAGCAGAGGCAGAAUAUGCGUUUCAAACACGUAAGAAGAUCAUACCGUUAAAGAUGGAGCAAGGGUACAACGCUGACGGGUGGUUGGGAUUUAUCCUCGGUGCUAAAUUGUUCUUUGACUUCAGCGGGAAAUAUCCUUUCGAGGACAAAAUGAGCGGGCUAAUUAAAGAAAUGGAUACAGCAAUGUCACAAAUAAAUGGGACAGAGGUUGACGGGAAGGUGGAAAGUACAAGUUCACCAUCUGUACAUGCAACACCAGGCUCACACGACACUCGACAGGUGACGCCGUCAGUUACCACAGCGACUCCAGCUACUUCUGGAACAGUACAUGCUGUGAGAAAAUGGACUUCUGAACACGUCGGCAAAUGGAUCGAAAAAUACGACCUUAAAGGGACUGGUCUAGAAAACAUGACUGGCAGUGAAAUAGCAUAUCUGGCCAAGAUACAGACAGAUGCUCCAGAAUUCUUCCACAAAUUUCUUUAUGAUACAAUUAAAGCUAAAACUGUUUCUGCUAUUGCCAAAAUUGGAUGGGCGUUACAUGACUUGUCAACGUGACAUCGGAAAAAAAUCAUGUGAUUCAUCGUGCUUUGUUGAAUAAUUCUUUAAAUUUUGAUAAAUCGUUAGUAUUUAGUUAUUUUUUUUGAUUAUUACUCUGCAGACUGACCAAAAUUGGAUGGGUCACAUGACUUGUUAACGUGAAAUCGGAAUGAAAAUCAUGUGAUAAAUCGUGCUUUGUUGAAUAAUUCUUUAUUAUUUUAUAAAUCGUUCAUAUUUGUUUACUGUUAAUGUUCAUAUCUAAUUGUCUAUGUAGAUAGACUGGUGAAGAAAUGCAUGCUUUAUUCUAGUGCAGACGACACCAACGUUUUUUCACAAUAAAUGGUAGUCGUCAGACGAUUGUAUGAAAAGCUUGAAGUUUAAAUUGAACGCUUCGUGAUAAAGUUGUAAAUAUAAAAUAAAGGAAGGUAUAACGUUAUAUCUUAUUCAAGUUGAAA